AUGGCUAGCUGGGAGGCUGCAGCUCUCAAGCUGCAGAGCCACGUCGCUGUCACCUCCGACCCUAAUUCCCUGGAUAAGGAUAAGUGUCUACCACCACUGCCACUCCAACAAAAGUCGACCGUCACCACCAAGAUCGAAGCUAUCACCUCUAAACAAGACUCGAACUCGACGAAAGGAUGGAAACCACUCUCGUUAUCGACGCCUAUACUUCUUGCUGUCAUCGCAUUGACGCUACUCCUCGCCGCCGCCGUCGAGACGAUAGCACAGCGGAGUGCUGCACAGGGGGGACUGGCUUUAUCACCGACGCUGGAUGAUUUGCCGGGAUAUGCCAAGUUUAGUUACUUGUAUGUGCCGACUAUCAUUGCUGUUUUGUACAGUAUGAUAUGGAGUUGGAUCGAUUUGGAUGUCAAGCGGAUGCAACCAUGGUUUGAGUUAUCGAAACCGAAGGGGGCGACGGCAGAGAACUCGCUGUUUCUGGAUUAUCAGUAUGAUUUUGUGGCCUUGGUUCCCUUCAAGGCUGCCAGAAGCAAGCAUUGGCCUGUUUUCUUUGGCGGAACAGCUAUGGUAAUCGUUUUUUGGGCGCUCACUCCCUUGCAGAGUGCUCUUCUCGGCACGGGCAUUGUGAAGCAGACGGAAUCAACAACCAUCGCAACGAGAUCACAGUUACUUCCGGUCUCGCAGCAUGUAUCAGUACUGGAUCCAGAGUUUCUCAACACCGGAUACGCGAUAGGAUGGCUUGGUCAGCAGUUCCCCCCUUUUACGACAUCGAAAUACGCUCUGCUUCCCUUUUACGCAGACAAGAGCCCAGAGAUUGCCAAACUCCAGACCAACGUUACAAUUCAGUCCAAUGUGACGGCCGUGACGACCAAGAUGUGGACGGAGCUGAAUUGCUGGCCUGCUGAGAUUGAGAGAAGCGGUCCAAGAUCAAGCGAAGCCUUCAACUUCCUCAACGGCCAGGGUUGCAACGCUUCAGUCACAUUCGGAGUGACGGCAAAGCGUAAGAUGCUAUACAUUGGCUACGACACUAGCCCUUACUCGGAUUUCUGGCUUGGUACCCCUACCUGCCCGAGAACUCCCAAUUCAACGCACCAGUUCCUGGCAAUCUGGGCAAAGGCUGUCCCCGUUGACUGGGAUCCUAGCCCAAGUUUCAACAUCACGGCACUGUUCUGUCAACCACAGUACUACAAACAGAAAGUUCUCGCAACGGUAAAGUCGCCGUCCCUCGAACCAUACAGCUCCUUGAUACAGGAACUAUCUCCGCGGGAAUCUCUUUCGGAGAAAGAGUUCAACUCCACAGCGUUCGAGUUCCUUCUCGCAAACGGGAUGGCACAGAAGCCUAUUGUCAGAGACUACCCAUUCAAUGCAGUUGUUGAGCAACACCCUCGACUUAACUACACCAACUUUACCUUUCCGGUUUCUAAUAUGGUGGGCUUUGCUCUGGCAGGAAAAGAUCUGCCACCUGACGAUUACGUGCACACGGAGGUGCUACACAAAGCGUACAACGAUGCCCACCAGUACUUGUUCUCGGUCGCCAUGACAAGCCUCUUCAUGAACUCGACCGAUUUCUCCAACAAAACGGCCUCGAUCGAGUACUUUAUGGCUGGAGUGUUGGUUAGCAGGACAUUCGCGACGGCUGUUGAAUGCAUACUGGUUGUCGUUGCGAUUUUCACAGCCGUUGUGCUGCGGUUUUGUCGAAGCGCACAUAGCAAGUUGCCGCUUAACCCUUCUUCGAUCACACGAUACAUCGACUUCUUUGGAAACAGCCCCGAGCUUUUGCGAGCAUUUCGAUCCAUGGACUAUGCCGACGAUGAGGCGCUGCUUAAGGAAUUCAAGGGAGACGAGUUCAGGCUUGUCUCCGACGCCCCCCCUGGGCGUGUUCAAGUUGUCAUGAACGCGGCCUUCCAGGAGACUGAUUCAGAUGAAAAGUCUACCAUACGGAGAGGCUAUUACGACCCUGUCCGGCCUUUGGUGCUCAAGACAUGGGUGGGAAUGGUGUUUGUGGCGAUUCUCAUUGGUGCCAUGAUUUUUAUUUCCUACUUGAAGCAACAAGAGGCUUCGCUGAAUGGAUUGAUUCGACCAUCUGAGAACUUUGAGGUUUUACAGCUUCUCGAGAAUUAUAUCCCCACCAUCUUCGCGACACUCAUCGAGCCAUUCUGGGUCCUCCUGAAUCGCCUGCUUUGUGUCCUGCAACCCUUCAAAGACCUCUGGGAAGGGAAGACCCAAGCCGCCACUUCGAUUGAUACGACCUACACCUCCAUUCCCCCUCAACUCGUGUUCUUGAGGGCCAUCAAGUCAAAGCAUUUCGUGCUCGUUACGGUUUGCGCCAUGGCGCUUCUUGCGAACCUCCUCGCCGUUGGUCUCGGUUCUCUCUUCAACGAAAACUUGAUGACGGCAACUUACCCAGAAACGAUGGUCCCGGCUUUUGCCCCCCGAUUCGACAAUGCAUCGGUCUUUGACUUCUUUUCAUUCUUGAACGAGAAUCUCGUUACAACGAAUCAGUACCAAGACCACAUGUACGUGGCAAUGGCCAACAUCUCGUCUGGGACCAUCCUCCCACCUUGGAUCUCCCAGGAAUACUACUUUCAGAGGUACAAGUUCAAGAACCCAGACGGAAACAGGACCGAGGAUGUCUACACUGUAAACACGAGAGGCUUUGGAGCCGACGCCAACUGCACAGCCGUGUCCGCCAUCAAGUUGCCGAUUUACAAGGAGCAAAUCGACCGAUAUCCUACGAAGAUCAAGGAUGAGAGCCAAUGUUCUACCGUGGAUGACUUUAUUGGGUUUGCCGGUCCGGAAAUGCGUCAAGCAGGCAACAAUCGAUCUACUGGCGUCUCGGCUCUCGAGUACAGUCGAACAGUCGACAGGACUUUUGGACCAGCGCCUUGUGGCAGGUCCUUGACCCUGGGAUGGGGUCGCAAUGCAGCUGCAGAGAACGUCAAUGGUACCGUCGAAGCCAGCUUCAUGAUCUGCCGUCCCAUCUUCAAGACCGCGAUGUUCAACGUCACGAUCGACUCAUCAGGACACGUUAUCUCUUACAAAAGAACCAGUGACCUUGAAACAAGCCUGAAGUACGCCGACUCAGGAGUUCACACCGACAAGAUAUUCCAGAAUGUCAAUCAUCAAUGGAACGAGGAUCCUCGAUGGCACAACGAUACAACCACAAGAGACUGGAUGAACCAUCUGCUGAUGGUUACGACGGGAUCAAGGGCCGCUCUUGACCCAAGCAAGCCUGUCCCAGACACAAAAGAAUUGAUACCCGCUGUGUCUAAUAUAUAUCGCCGCGUCUAUGCCAUUAUGCUAGGCCUAAAUGAACAGCUCUUCGAGAGCAACGAGAAGGAGAACUCUAUCACCGCCAUUCGGCAUACGAGGGAGACCCGCAUCUUCAUGGAGCAGGCAUCCUUCAUCAUUACCAUGACGGUGCUUGCCAUGAACACGGUUGCUGCCCUAUUGUUCUACAUCAAGGCUGUGGCGUUUGUGCUGCCACGCAUGCCAACAACUCUUGGCUCCAUCAUCGCAUACAUUGCCCCGAGUCGUCUCGCUGCUCCGGGCUAUAGAGACGCACCAGGCCAUAGCUCCCGCACCAUCAGUUUCGGGAGAUACAUAGGGAGCGACGGGGAGGCGCACAUCGGAAUUGAAGCAGAUCCUCACGUUGUUCCUGUGAAUCCGUUAUCCCUCGGGGUUCGGAACGGUUUCUUGGGCUUGUUUCGGAAGCAGCCUCAAACUAAAGAGCAGCCAAUACGAUCAGACACUUGGCUGUGA